AUGGUCCCGGAUCAAGACAAGAGGUCCGAAGAUGAUAGUGUAAAGGACACAUCCCAACCUAUAAACUUUCCGGCAUUAAAUUUAAAUGGCGAAAACGAUUCGUCACCUUCAGGUGUGGCCAGUAGUGUGGAUAAUUCGUUGGAGUUGGACAUUGAAAUCGAGAACCAGAGACGACUAAAAGCUUUAGACAUUAACGACUGCAGUAUUACGUCAUCACGUGAAUCAAAUCUAGCCAUAUCGGAGUCGGCUGUCACUGCAUUAUCGGAAAUGGUGGAUGACACGCAUAUGUUAAUCGACUCACCCGCCAUUUCACCGAAAUCAACAUUAGACGAUGUAAGAUCAUGGAGAACCGUGGCGCAUAAUGGAUUCGUCACGAAAGACAUAACGCCACCCCGUCGCAUAUCUAAACCCGAAAUCACUUCUCGCAUAGAUUCUAGGUCAUCAUCGUCAGUGAAUUCUGUCGAUGGUGACUUUGAUAAGUCUGCGAUGGGGAAAACGGUGACGCCUUCAAACGAUAAAUAUAAUUAUGAAAUAGAGAGCAAUAUAGACAAUGAUCUAGAAGACGAAGGCAAUAACUCCAGAGGAAACAAUGGCGAAAAACAAAAUGAUGAAAGUCGUGAUAGAACACCAAUUCACUUGGGAGGAAUGAAGCAAUUUGAUGAUUUCAACAGCGAGCCGUCAUCUGACGAUUACGAAUCCGAAGGUAGUAUUGUCAUGAGCGAUGAUAAUAAUCAAGGAAAAGGAAGGGCGAAAAUAAGGUGCCCAGAGAAUCGGCGGAAUGUCAGGACUGUUCAAAGAGGAAAACCGAAUAGCAUCACGACCGCAAAGUCGAAUGAAAUUGAAAUGAUUAUCGACAUCGUUGAUAACACUAUUACAGAAUUCUUGUAUGCAUCUUUCGUUUUUAUUCACCAGUCCAUGGGUUUUACGCUCUCUCUCUCUCUAAAUUCGAUGAAUUUCAAAUAUGCUUUGAAUUACAGGGGAGACCUCGAAGAUGAGAACUCGUUUGAAAAAGAGAUACAUCAUUUCAAAAAAGAGUUUAAAACUCGCAUGCGUAAUCAGGUUUGGGCCUUUUUGUUUUGUGUUUUGGUCUUUCUUUUCCUUGAGAUUUUAUCUUUACCGAAAAGAGCGUAUCAAAUAAUUCAGUUGGAUCUUGUUAAUGAACAAAUAACGAUACGAUCAUCUUUGAGAAAAGCGAAGUCACGAACUAAUCAGUUACAUAAGGAGAUUGCAUGCUUGCAGCAUAAACGCGAAAAAAUCGAAAUCGAUUUGUCGAAAGAAAGGAAAGCAUUUAAAAGAGAUGAACAAAUUAGAAAGAAAUUGGAACAAGUACAUGAUUUUCUCUCAGAUAUUGAGAUCUUGCGAGAAUCUGUCAUGGCUGAGAAUGCUUUAUGGAGCGAAGACGAAAAUUUGGAUGGUUUCGAAGGCCUUUUAACCAAUGCAGCAUUUAAAUGUUGUGAUGUUUCUUAUUCUGUUAGUGCCUUUGAUGAUACUGAUCGAGCACCUUCUAGUAAUGGUGAGGGGACAUUGGGAACUUUACACCAAUUUAAUGCAUUACUUGAGGCCUGCGAGCAUAUUAUACGACAAUCUUCAGACGGGGAUAUACCACCGUUGUGA